AAACAAAUAGAAACAAAAUACGAGUGGUGGUUGUGGUGGUGGCGGCGGUGGUUUCUGUGGCAAAACAAAAUCCCAACGACAAUUGAGGGCAGUGGACGUCAACGUCCCCGCGCAGCAGAACACAAACGCUCCCGCCUUAACAGCAAUUACCAAUCGGAAUUGUAAUCAUAAACCACUCAGUCAUUGAAAACGUGUGGAGGAGACUUCAAUGUGGCGUCGCUGUAACUCUUGUUUUCAUAACUUCGUUGGAAACCCUCAAAGUCGACGGCGAUCGGCAGGCCAACUUCUGUUGCAAUCACUUCAUGGAGAACAACGUUAGCAGAACAACAUUUGAUUGGUAUGAACGUCAACGUUGUCAACAAUGCGCGCUCAAACGCAAUAGCAAUAGGCAGAGCGUAGAAAUAGUCAAACCUCAGCCAAGCAAACAACCAGCCCGACUGUCAGCAUGUCCGCAUGUCGUUGGUUUUUCGUGCGGUUACAUUCAUUCGUUUAAAGAUCAUUGCAAACGUUUCAUGUUGCAAAGCCGAAAGCUGGGUGACGCGCAAAAAUUGUUUUUCCCCCCAUUCGCGUUACAAGCAGCCUGACUGACACCUAACAAGUAGCUCACAGCUCAAGAAAUUUGUCACGCUGGCGACCAGCAUCAAUCGGAAAUGCGUGUACCAGCUAACGAGCGCGGCUAUCAAAUAAAUCGCUAUAGCUUAUUAACUCUUCUUCUUCAUCAUCGUCAGUGGCGCAAGUGAUCCGUAAUCUCAAAGCGUAUAAUAGGCCAUCAUCGCUUUUACAGUGAUCGAUACAUUGUGGUUUUUAUGGCCAUUUUUAGUCGUGGUGAAGCCGAAAGUGUCGCCUGUAAUCGCGCAAAGCUUUAUAAAGCUGAAAUAUAAAAACUAAGCGACCACUUUUUGUCAAAGUGAGACUUGUAAUGAGCAUCAUUAGGUUCGGAAAUAAAAAUCAAAAUAACAACUCGAAAUCCACGAGCGCGAUUAUUUUUCGAAAUAAAACUCAAUAACCAUAACGUGUGACGUUUUAACGUCCGGACGCUCAACAACAAAUAAAAAAAUCUUUGUUAAGCGGCAGAAUGCAUCUGCCUAAGGAGACCAAAACGCAUUGAGGAAAGAACUAUUUAAAAAAAGGAGAAAGAAAGAAAUAAAAAUCUAAAACAAAUUUUUGCGAUUUUCCAUGGAAAACAAAUAAAGGUGAAUGACAGUCAAGUGUCCAGCCGAAGCAACUACAAAGCAUACUCAAGAAAAUUCUGCAAAAAAUCACAAACAAUUGGCAGCAACAAAAAACAACAACAACAACACGAACAAGAAUUCAAAUAUUUACAAAGUAUUUGAAAGUAUUGUGUGUGUGUGGCCCGACCAGAGAGCCACUACGCGUGUGUGUGUGUGCAACCAAUCUCCAAUCCAAAGCAUACCCAUUGUAACCCGAGUGAAUGUAUUCCAUUUUGGCCCACAACACAGAUCUACAACGAAGGCUAUCUAUCCAUCUAACUUGGCCAUAACUAUGCUGACAUAUCAGCGCGGUUUCUUUUGUGGUGACCUCAGCAUUAGGUAUCCCUACCAUGAGUGCACCAUUACCGUGCCCAUGCUGCUCGUGUGCAUGCUACUGUUGCCCAUGCUGUUCCUUGGCGUGGUGGAGAUCAUGCGCCUCUGUCAUAACUUCCGUUUAAGGCAAUAUCUGCGAAACACCAGCCUGAGUUUGGGUUGUUUUAGCUUUGGUUUUAUUGCCACCUACCUGAGCACAGAGUUGGCCAAAAAUGUGGUGCGUCGUUUGCGGCCCCACUUCUAUAUGGCCUGCCGGCCCCAGCUGAACGAUGGCUCCACGUGUGACGAUCCCAAGAAUCGCAAUCUAUUUGUCGAACAAUACUAUUGUUCGAAUCGCAAUUUAUCCGCUCGUCAAUUGCGCGAACUGUAUGUGUCAUUCCCCAGUGCCCAUUCGUCGCUGUCCUUCUAUGCCAUGCUGUUUUUGGCCUUUUAUCUGCACGCCAUCUGGCGGGGUGGUCGUGGUGUGAAUCGUGUCUUGCGUCAUUUGUUGCAGUUUCUGUUUCUAUCGCUGGCCUGGUUUAUAUCGUUGAGUCGUGUGGCCGACUACUGGCACCACUGGUCGGAUGUGAUGGCCGGUGCGGUAAUGGGUAUUAUCUAUGCCACACUUACGGCCAUCUAUGUGGGUAGAUUUCUCAGCUACUAUACCUCCUCGUCGGCAUCCUCGGCCAUAAGUCCUCAUCACCAUCAUCAGCAGCAACAGCAGCAGCAUCACAUCAACAAACAGUCAUGUUUGCAUCAAACAUCGAACAAGCUGAAAGCCUCGCUGAAACACCACCAACAUGUUGGCUCGAGUACGGUGAGCUUUCAACCGUCGCAGCAGCAGCAGCAGCAGCAUUCGCUGAGUCAUGAACCAACACCACCACCACAACAACAGCAGCUUAAACAACAACUUUACAGCGAUCAAAUUUCAGCAGCCUCAACACUGCCAGGUCUCUCGACCACAUCCACCGCCGCUGCCCUGGAUGCAGUCGCAUCAUUAGCCACCACUGUGACCGAAGAAGAACUGGUGACGUUAACAUCAGCCAGAGAGCAUUUAAUAGCAUCGAAUGAAUCCAUCUGGAAAUCGGGUACAUCAUAACAACAUCAGCACUAGGUACCAGCAUGGUGAAGUGAUCGGUAUAAGUCAUACAGCUAGCUACACAGGGCUACAGGAGGAAAUCUCGGGGACCAGGCGGCUCCGAGGGGUUACUAUUUUCAAUAGAGGGCUUUUAAAAGGCUUUUACAAAUUACCCUUUAGAGUCUUCCAUCUGUGUACACAGAAUAAAAGGUGAAAAGCUUUUAUUUUCAAUACCUGGCAUAUAAAGGACUCGUUUCCUUUAAAAAUACCUAAAGAGGGGAUCUCAGGAACCAGGCGGCCUUCUACUCUAAAUAAAGAGCUUUUAAAAUGCUUUUACAAAUUAACGUCGUUGGGGGGCUUCUAUUUUCAAGAGAUCGCUUUUAAAAAGCUCAUAUCUAAUAAAUUAACUUUUAAUGGGUUUCUAUUUUAAAUAAAAUGUUUUGAAAGAACUUUUUUUUUUUUAAAAGAGGCCCCUUAAGAGGCUUAUAUUUGCAAUAGAGGGCUUUUAAAAGCUUUUAGAAAUUACCUUUAAGAGAUCUCCAUUUGUUUACACAGAAUACAAUCGGGCCCUUUUUGAAAAACUUUUGUUUUCAAUGGCAAGGACACCAAAAAGACCUGAAGAGCUUUUUACUAAAAGUGGUUCUCAUUCAGGAACCAGGCGUCUUUGAAGGGCAUAUAUUUUCAAUAGAAUGCUUUUAUAAAGCUUAUGUUUAACAAAAAGACCUUUUGACGAGCUUUUAUUUAAAAUGUAGUUUUUAAAAGAGCUUUUUUGAGAGAACUUUUGAGUGACUUAUAUUUUUAAUUGAGGGCUUUAAGAAGAUAAAAUAUUCGGGACUCUUUUGAAAAGCUUUUAUUUUCAAU